UCAAUGCUCCGAGAAUGGACCAUCAUGAAAAACCUUCUGAGGAAGAAGAAAACUGGAAUAAACUGCCAUGACCUCUACUGUGAGUUGCUCCAGACCCAGCCUGCUGAUAUUCAGAACAUUCUAACCCUCGUGAACAUCAUGGUGUCAAUAUCACCUUCCACAGCAGAGUGUGAACGCCAAUUCUCUGCCAUGAAACUCAUCAAGAGCUGCAGGCGUUCACACAUGCACCAGGACACGCUGGAAGCACUCAUCGAGGGUGCAUGCAGAUGGACCACCACUCCAGGAAUACAAGGCGGAAGGGGCUAUCCACCACUGGAUGGACUGUGGACCUGGGACACGCCACCUAGCAGGCCACAAGAUCUCGUCAGCUAGUGACUAGUUAAUAAAGUCGUUGUUGUAUUGUUUGUACACAACUUUGAGGUGUUUAGUCAGUGUAUGUCAAUGACAUGUAAAAUUGCAUACACAACUUGGACAAUUAAACAGAAUUAUAUUUUUGGAAUGUUAUGUCUGAAUAACUUUUAAACUUUUAACUUUUAAAAUACAUAUUCUUUUCUUUGAUGUCACUGUCCACCGAAGAUUAUUCAA